AUGAAUGCAUACAACACUGAAGGGAGGUAUUUGUUAAUAAUAUACGAAAAGGUAUUUAAAAUAAUCUACAUAAAGAAUUUAAAAGACAACAAAAAUGAGAAAGUCAAAGUGCCAUCCCUGUUUAUUUUCCGCGAUAGUGGAAAGUGCACUGAGAAGUUAAUAAAUAAAGAUAAAAUCAGGAAGAAGAGCAAAAAAUUUGGAAGCAUCAUAAGUGAACUAAUCAUAGAUAACAUAAUUGGCACCAUCGAAAUUAGAGACGAGUUAUUUCUGUUCGUAGUGGACAAAUGGAAACUACUGUGUAAAUUUUUUUACUUAAAUAGAUAUAGGAGCAUAUAUAAGAUAGAGAAGGUGCAUUACAUCCCUUACAAUAUUAACAUAGUUUCCAUGAAUACCGUUAUUAGCAAUGCACUGAACAUCGAUGACAACUCCAAUAGUUAUUUUAUUAAUCACUUGGUCAACCAUGCAGAUAUAGCCAAAGAUUUUGAGGUCAUAAAUAACAGCAGUCAAAGUCACGGCACGUCGGUGGCGAAGCGCGUUGCGAGUGCUAGUGACCAGCGGAGUAGAAGCGUAAUUCGCGGCGGCAAUGACAGCGGCAAUGGAAACGGUAAUCAUGACAAGCCGGGCAGGGCCCCGCAGAACGCCAACUCGAAUGAUCCCUCCUACGAGCCUAAUAGCUCAGACAACGGAAUUGAGAAGGACUACAAAAUGGACGAGGAGAAUAUGUACAACAGACAUUUUGCAAAUAAAAGUAGCAAGUUAAAUGGAGACAGAGCUAGGAGAAGAGGGAACAAAUUUGGAGCUGAAUUCGAAAUGGAGGUCGAACCCAUGAAUCAUAGAACCCACAGAAGUGGCAACUACAACAAGAAAGAGGAGAAAAAUAAAAAAAUCCUCAAUUUUAAUACUGCGAAAAGGUGGCUGACCAAUCAGUUCAACCAUAAAAAUCUUUUGAACAUCAUUUCGGACAUAACGAAUUAUGACAGCCGAGGGUUCGGCGAGGGUGAUGUGAGAUCUUCCUCUCGGGCGCAGCCCGGUGAGCGCGUUGCAAGGGACGUUACUGGCGGCGUUGUUAGUAGCAGCCACCCCCACAGGGGAACGCAGCGGAACGAGGAAGAAAUGAUUAACACCAAUUCGUCAACGCUGGACGAAAACGAAUUUAUGAUGCAAGUGCUGAACGAUAAGGAAAAGUGCACUCAGCAGGGGAAUGGAGGCGUAUCGAAUAAGAUAACUAAUAGUGAGCAUAACUGCAAAGGUCAAGGCGCGAGGGAAAAGGAAAAUGGCAGUAGUACCUACGAUGCCAAUAGUAAUGACGGCAACGUACGUUACGGUAGGAGUGAUCAGCAAAGUAUGAGGACAGAACCACACGCGUCUUAUACGAAUAAGGAAGAUGCUCACAAAAAUGAUCCUAUUGGCUCUUCAAAGAUAAAUGUUAACUUGAUUGACGAUUUGUUUACAGAUAGGAAGAAGGACAGUGAGGGGUAUCCAGUUGGUGGAGACCAAAUAGAUAGGCAAGCCAACCAAUUAAAGCACCUACUGCGUGAUGGUACGAAGGAGUCCUAUCAAAUCAGACGAAAGAAUGACCAUAAUAUUUUUCCAACCUGUGGGGAAAAUGAGAAGAGGUCUAGUUUGUUCCCAUCCGGAGGAAGCCUUCCCAGAGACAAAGGUGACACGGGGGGCACCGAAGCAGCAGUUGGAGAGGUGCCAGCGAACGGGAAUAACGGCAAUUACUACGAAAAUUUGAUGUGCAUUUAUAAUGCUGAAAAGAAGGGAGUAGUGAGCUCAAGGAAAGAAGACACUAGUGGUAAAGUUGAGGAGGAUAAGGGAGUACCAACCGAGGGAGGGAACAACUCAGUAGGGGAUUCUCAAAAAAAUGCAGAAGCAGAAAAUAAGGGAGACCUCAAGGACCUCAUUAACAACUCCUACUUCAACCUAAGGAACAACCUUGUUGUGGUGGAAAAUAGCGAACAUAGUGAAAAGAGGAAUUCCUAUCCCCUCAGCUUCAAAAACGCAAAUGACGAAAGCUUAAAAACGGAUGAAAAGAAGAUGAAUAUAAAACUGGACAUGCACAAAAUGUUAAAAAUGAUACAGAAGAUUCUUACAGUCCACAUGUACUACUCAUAUGACUUUGACUUAACGCAGUGCAUUCAAAAGAAGAUGAAAAAGAAUAUUCAAGAGGUAGAUGUAGAACCCAUGUUUUCUUCAUCGUCCACUCAUAGGAAAAGGUCCUUCCUAAAUGUGAGCGAAAAGAAUUUCAUGUGGAAUUAUCAAAUGAUUAAAAAGAUCAAGUGUAAAUGCAAAAUUGAUGAUAAUUGGUUCUGCUCAGUAAUUCAGGGCUACAUUUCUUACACCUCUAUUGAGAUGAAUAGGAAGUGUUUAGAGCUGCUCCUCAUUAGUCGUCGCUCGUCCGUCUUGGGAGGGACGCGAUUUAAUAAGAGGGGCAUCAAUGAUGAUGGGUAUGUGGCUAACUAUGUAGAGACGGAGCAAAUUGUAAGAAUUAAUAAUAGGAACCUUACCUAUUUGAAUCGGUUUGACAAGGUUAACAUGGCUGUCGAUAAUGUGAAGAAGCCGAAAGGGAGUGAGAGAGGAGGCUCAUCUGUUGGUACCAAUUUUGGAACCCCUGACAGGAGCGAAGUGAAUAAUUUGAGAGAGGAAGAAAAUAGCACCGUGAGAGUAGCUCCUCCAAAGGUGCUGCCACUUACAGCCAGUGCGCCAAAUAAUGGUCGAAAGAAUAUACAUGAGGGGGAGUCGAAUGCGUUGGGAAAAAUCUCCUAUCCACUGGAAGAAAAAAAGGCGCGAGGUGGGGAAGGCACUGCUGAGGCGAGUGUUAAUAAUGAGAAGUUGAUCGGCGGGGAAAGCGGCCCAGCCAGCCAGGGAUGUAUCAACAGUGACAGCAACUUCGAGAACAGAAUAAUCUCCCUAGUCCAAAUAAGAGGGUCGAUCCCGCUCUUCUGGAAGCAACAUUCCAUGUCAUCCCACGUAAACAUACAGCGGUCUUCACUGCUAAGCAUCAAGGCCUUCAAGGAGCACAACAAAAAGUUGAUAACAAAUUAUGGCAACAAUAUUUACUACAUAAAUCUUCUCAGCCAAAGCAAAAACAACGAAAAGAAGCUGACCAAAAAAAUGAUUGAGCUGAUUAACUAUAUUAAGAAGGACAAGCAUUACAAGGAGAAAAAUUUUAUUAACUACAUUGAGUAUGACUUUCACAUUUCCGUAAAGAACAAAAGCUUCGAAGAUGCCAUGAACGAUUUUAUUAACAAAGUUCUACUCAAGGAGAUAAAGAAUGUGUCCUUUUUUAUGGAACCGUCCAACAGUGUGAUCGAGGGGGGCACUAAUACAAACAGGAGUAGUAGCAACAAUGUCAUCGAAAACCACCCAUGCGUUUUUCAAAACGGAGUGUUUAGAACCAACUGUCUGGAUUGCCUAGACAGAACUAACGUCUUCCAGUACUACUACACGCUGUUCUUCAUCCUGUAUGUGUUGCAUGUGUCAAAAAAUGACAUCUAUUUAAAGCCAGUGAAAAAAUCGCACCUGUGUUUUUACAAGAAUUUUAAUACACUCUAUAAUAGCAAGAGCGUGACCAUAGUGACUACUCUCCCGACGGACAGCUACCUGCUGGAGCUUUCUGAGAAGUCCAGCAUUAAGAAGAAUUACGACUACAGCAAGGGGAGCAGCAACAGUAGUGGCAGCUUGUUUGACGAUUAUUGCUAUGUCAACGAAGGAGGAGCCCCCCACAAUGAGGAGGGCGUGAACAGUACGAGCAGCGUGAAUAAUACGAGCGGCGUGAAUAAUACGACUGGCGUGAAUAAUACGAGUGGCGUGAAUAAUACGAGUGGCGUGAAUAAUACGAGUGGCGUGAACAAUACGAGCGGUCUGAACAAUACGAGCAGCGUUAACAAUGAGAGCAGCAUCAACGAUACGAGUAGCGUUAAAAAUGGCGGAAGCAGCCUGAACAGAGGCGGCGGCAGGAGGGAAUACCUCAAGACCGAAAUCAUGAGCAGAAUGGAAAAGGAGGAGAAGAAGCAUAGAAUGGCUUACAGCAAUUACGAGAAGGAAGAUGAGAAGAAGUUUAGCAGUCGACAGGAACAACCCGAUGAAUACGUACACAUUUUGAAACAUUUCUUUAAAAAAAUGUGGGUAGAAAAUGGAGAUAUUAUUAGUACUCAUUACACAGGAACGGGCAGCGUCUUCUCUUCGCAAAUAAAUGUAGGAAGAUCUUCCCUAAGCACAAACAUUGACCAUGCAAUUAAAUCCAUCGAGAGGUUCUAUCAAAAUAACUUUGAGGAUAAUUUCAGACAGGAGUGCAUCGAUAUUAUUUUAUGCACAGGUAAGUAUAGCAAGAGCAAGAGAAGAAAUUUUAUAGGGGCCGAUUUUAACUAUUUUUUGAAUUACGGUAAUUUUAUGAAUAAGGAGGGCUUCCUCGGUUUAAGGGGAAAGAAUAUGGGCCUCUCGAUUCCGUACCUACCCUAUGGAAGGAAUGCACAGAUGAGCAAAGCGCAUCCGAGUGAGGGACAGAUCCAAACCGAGCGGGGUACCUCCAACGAGAAUUACCCCAGGGGAAGAAGAAAACAUAAGGCAUCCGAGUGCAACACCAGUAGCAGCGAUUCCAGUGAGAAUUCGAUUGAAAAUAGUAGUAGCCUGCUCGAAGAGGAGCAAGACGAGGAUGAAGGGCGCCUAUCAAGGGGGAGAAGCAAGCAGGGCAGAAUUAGUCGGCCCAGCAAAAAUGCAGAAAGGAAGAAGCUCGAAGGAAGGAGAGCUAAGGAAAGACAUUCAGAGGGAGAGGAUCCUCUCAGCAGAGGCCUAAAUUUUGAGGAUGACAAAGGGAAGGACGCUGGAGAGGAGUCGGAACAGCAGGAGGAACACGCAUACCAAUCACCUCACGGGAAGGAGUCACGUAAAAUGCACAAAUCGGUAAAGCGGGCCAAGAUGAGGAAGACGAAGAAGGUGCACCUGGCGCAGAGCGAAAGCAAGGAGGGUAUCCAUCCAAGGAGGGAAAAGUCCUACUGUAAAUCUACCUCCAUGAGUGAUGUCUACUCAGGAACAAAUUUGAACAAUGACAGCAGCGCAGAGAACACGGUAAACAGCCUUAGUAGUAGUUGCAGCAGUGGUAGCACUGGAGAGGGAGAAAGCAGAAGAGGAAGCAGAUGCGGCAGUAGCAAUUCGGACAAUAAUGUCCAGAAAAAGAAGAAGAAGAAAAAAAAAAAACGAAAAAAUGUAAACAAAAAGGGCAAGGAAAAAAAAAACAAAAGCGAUCUAGUGUACAUGAAAAAUCUGUAUAAGAAAAAAAACUAUAUAUACAAUGUGAGGAAUAGGAACAAGUACAGCGAUUAUCUAAGUCACGAUCUUAUAAAUCAUUACUACGUGGAUUUUGAUGACUCCAAAAUGGGAAGUUCCCAAAGAAAAAAAAAAAUGACCAAUAAUGAUUAUGAGGAAAAAAUUGUAAAACUCUGGGCAGGCACAUGGAAUCUAUGUGGAAAUGACUUGUACGAACUGAAUGACAUGUCUUCCUGGUUGAAUCAGAUCAACGAGUGCAUUGACAUGUAUGUGUUUUGCUUCCAAGAGGUGGUCGAGUUGACGGGAUUUAGAAUUUUGAUGAACAUGAAAGACAAGUUUAAGGAGAAAAAGAUCGAGCAGAAAAUUACCCAGUCCCUGGCAGAGAUGUCGCAGAGGCAAAAAGAGAUGUACAUUAGGAGUAAAAUCGGCACGAACGCGUACUUUGCAAAUGGCACGAUUAAUGGUGAGAACGAGGGACAUAAGGGCGUCAUCAACCCCUCCGUCUGCACGCCACACCAUACGCAUGAUAACGACGCCAGAGUGAACAACGAGGGAAUGAAUAAGGAUGACUACUACGAAAAUUAUUUGAAGUCUUUUAACGAGUCGUACAUGUGCGAGGGCGCGUCCUCCGUGGGGAACACCUUCAAUGCUGUCAACAUUGCCAAUGGUUCCAACGCUGCUAAUGCCCCCAACGUGGAGAGUGCGACUCAGAAGGGGGACAGGCGAAGCUUCGAUCAGAAUGGCGUCCUUGACAUUUCGAAGAGUUGCUUCCUGAACAAUUACUUUAAUAAUUUGGAGGAGGAGCAGGAGCAGGCUCAACCCCUUUUUUCCCUUGCGUCGGGUUCGCCUAGCGCCCAGGAUGAACAGAGCAAGUUGCUCAAUCUGAGCACUCUCAACAUGAACAUGAUGGCCUCUGAGGACCCCCUCAGUAAGAGCCUCCACUCAAGAAAAAGCACAGAUUUCAUCAUUUUACCUGAAGAAUCAAGGAAAAAUGAGCUAAUGAGAAAUACACGACAAAAGAGCAGCCCCACCCCUACGAAUGUUCAGGAAAGAAAUCAAAGUGGCAAUGCGCUAAACGUUUUGGAGGGUCGGGAUAACAAAGGCGGAAAGCUUUUAGGGGAGAACAUGAUAAAAAGCAAUGACACAAAUAUCAGCUCCAAUAUAAAUGAGCUCUUUGACAUUAACCAUAUGAAUAGUUCCAAUAGGAACACAAACAAUGGUGUAUGUAACAACAGAGACGUCUUCAACUUGGUCGAUCAUACAUACGGUAUAAAUCAUCCCCCGAGGGGAAGUAACCCCAGUGGGAAAGCAGCCCGGUCCAAAUCGAACGAUGUGGAUGUGCAUAAUAAAGGACACAGUGAAGAGGAUAAACAGUAUCGAGUGGAAAGAAACAAACAGUGUCAUAUCAAGCCGAGGGAGGAGAAAAUUAAGGACGAUGAAAUGUGUGGCCACUCUCAAAAUCGGAAGAGAGAGGAUACAAAUAGUUUUCACAUUUCGAGCAUUCAAGAUGUUUUUCAAGAGAGCAAAAGAAGUAGCUCGGUUAAUUUGAUACAAGUGGCACGAGACGACAUGGAUGGUUGUCCUAGAGGAAAGAAGGGUUCCAGGACGCAUAGCGACGUGGAAGGAAGGAACAGGCAGAGGAAUGGGGCCUCGGAUGAGUAUCCUGGCAGUGAUUGUAUGCGUGGCGAAGAACAAAUACCUUUCAAAACUAACGACGCUUUUUUGAAGAACGAAUCAAAUAAGUACUUUUUAAAUUUGAAAAAAUUUAAAUAUGUGAAGCUGAAGUCUGUAUCCAUGAUAGGACUCUUCAUCAUCAUUUUUAUUGAUGAGGGGUUAGUGGACUACAUAAGAGAAAUUGAGGUUUGCAAAGUGAAGGUUGGCUUGAAGGGCAACACGGGUAACAAGGGAAGUGUGUCGAUAAAAUUUCGCCUGGGGUUUAACUCCUUCUGUUUUAACAACAUCCACUUGGCAUCAGGCCAAACGAACAUCUUCGAAAGGAAUAAUCAAAUGCAAAGCAUUCUGAGCAACAGCUUCCAGAACCAAGAACUGAAUAACCUCUUUAACUUUGACUACUUCUUCGCAUGUGGAGACUUCAAUUUUAGGAUCAACAAAAGUCAUGAAGAGGUUUUCAAAUCCAUUGCGAAUAAGGAUGCCAACCAGUUGCUGAAUUAUGACCAGUUCAUUUACAACAAGCUCUACAACAUUCUUCCCUUUUGCCUCUUCUACGAACACCCCAUCAUGUUCAACCCCACGUACAAGUACAAGAAGAACUCCAACAUGUACGACGUGCGCCGGACCCCCGCCUGGUGCGAUCGGAUACUGGUGAGCGGGAAGCUAAUACACCUGUCGGAGCUGGAGAAGAAGCGGAAGGAACACAUGACACAGGCGUUGCAACAGGAGAAGGACGACGUGAACAACAGCAAGAGCGACCAUCUCAAGGACACCCAAGGGGAAAAACAACUCGCUAGCAACAAUCCGGAGGGUGAUCACCCGAAUGAUUUUUACUAUAACGAUAAAAUAUAUUUUAAAUACUUAAAUUACAAGACACACAACAAUUUCUUCUCAAGUGACCACAAACCGGUGAGUGCAAUUAUAGAGUUAAAAGUUUUUUUCGACAAAAAGGACAUCGAAUAUAAACUUCGUAACUCGUACAGUAUUAAAACAAAUGAAGACUUCAACAGUUUUGUAAAAAAUUCGAGCAACACGAGCAACAGCAGUAACAAUAAGAACAGCAAUUUGCUGGACUAUUUUUUUCCCAAUAAUUAUGGCCUAAGCAAAUACACGGCCUACCCCAUCUCGCAAAUUUUGAAUUACUCAAAUAAUUUAAAUAGCAAGUUUAAAAAUGAAAUGCAUGACGAUUCGUUUCAUGAGGAUGCGCUGAAGAAUGUGGAUCGACUGGACGAUUUUAGCUGCGCCAAGUGA